ACCCUCUCAACUUUCACUGAAUUAUAUCGUUCAGAGUUUAUUUUCUCUUUGAGAAAUAACUGAAAGCUUCUUUUUCUUUCUUUCUCUGUGUAAACAAACAUCACAAUGGAUUCUUCAACGUCUACGAAGAAGAAUACCAAAUUGUUUGUAAGAAACCAAACUUGUUUCAAGAAAUCGUCUCUGUCUUCUUCCAAUGCAAAAAAGACCACGAAUUUGUCGAUGAGAGAACAGACCAUGUUUAAGAAAGCCUUGGAGCUUUCGACUCUGUGCGACAUCGAAGUCUGUGUCAUAUACUAUGGUCGUGACGGAAAACUCAUCAAGACAUGGCCGGAAGAUCAAUCUAAGGUUCGAGACAUGGCAGAGAGGUUUAGCAGAUUACACGAGAGAGAACGAUGCAAAAAAAGAACCAACCUUUCUCUGUUUCUACGUAAGCAGAUCCUCCACGACAAGAAAUUGUCGGAGAAAGUCUUAGAGAUGGAGGAUUCGUUAGAAAGUGGUCUACGGGUACUACAAGAUAAGCUUCUGUUACUCCAACCCGAGAAAAACCAGACCGAGUUAGGUCAGAGCUGUGCGGUUUAUUCCACAACGUAUCCAUUGUCUUCUCCUUCGCUGAUUGAGGAUCAUCAACAUCAACAACAAUGGACAGAACCAUUGUCAAACACAGAGUAAGACCUAUCAACGUCAUCAUUGAGUCAACAUGAGAGCAAAUUUUCAGUCUUUCCCUAUAACCAUGAUGAUUGUAGCUUCUGUCAAAUCCCUAACUCUGUUUCUAGCUUUGAGCAAUCGACUUUACUUGGGGAACAAGGAUCUGGUCUAGGAAGUAACUCUGAUCUUCCUCCCAUGGUGUUUACUCCUCAGAUGCAGACACAAACCCCACUUGUCCCCUUUGAUCAGUUUGCGCCAUGGAAUCAAGCACCAUCGUUUGCAGAUCCAAUGAUGUUCUCUUAUAAUUAGGUCU